AUGUCAGAGUCAGAGGCCAAGGAGCUCACCUAUGCCGAGAUUGCGGCCCAUAACUCGAAGAAGGAUCUAUAUAUGGUUAUUCACGACAAGGUCUACGAUACUACACCUUUCAUUGAUGAGCACCCAGGUGGCGAGGAGGUCCUGCUCGACGUGGGAGGGCAAGACGCAACCGAGGCUUUCGAGGAUGUUGGACACAGUGACGAGGCACGCGAGGUUCUCGAGGGUCUACUAGUAGGAGAUUUAAAGCGCAUGCCCGGCGACCCAGUCCCCAAGACUACAGCACAUACUCCCUCCCCAGCAUCCUCGGGCGACUCCACGGGCAUGGGCAUUGGUCUCUACGCUAUCAUUCUCCUCGGCGGUGCUCUUGCUUAUGGGGCUUACAAGUUCACCCAGAGCCAAGAGGGAAAGGCAUAG